AUGACCUUGCUCUACAACAACGAGGAACACCCCGUCCGAGUCCUCCUGGACCCGGGAAGCUCGAUCCCCGUCAUUUCAUUCCACAAAGCCCGGGUUUGGAAGCUCCCGAUAAUCAAGAGGCCGCGUAUCCGAACCAUCAUGGGAUUCAACUCUGCCGUCGAUACGAUAGGAGGAAGAUAUUACACUGAGGCAGUCGUCCUUCGCCAUCAAGAAGACCACUACACCCGCCUCAACUUCGAGCUCUCAACAAUGGACGAUCAAUGCGAUAUUAUCCUCCCCCAUUGGUGGCUACAACAGCACGAGCCAGCCUACUUCUUCGACAAGACACAAGAGAUCAAGUUCGCCUCAGAUUACUGCCAGAAGAACUGUACCAGUACUCUCGUCUUAGGACUUCCCCCGACCGAGGCCAUCGCAAGCAUUCAGAAUAAAGUCGACGCAGCCAUCGCAGCGGUGCCAGAAAAGUUCCGAGAAUUCCUUCCCAUCAUGAGCGAAGAAGCAGCAAUCCGAAUGCCCGAUCACCAACCCUGGGACCACAAGAUCGAUUUGAAGAAAGGGGAAACCCCACCUCACGGCCCCUCUUUGCGAUGA